UUGUUUAUUGUUUUGGUAUAAAAAGUUGCUGUUUAGUCCAUCUCUUUCGCACUGUCUACGAACAGCUUCGAGUUUCGAGCUGUCUCGUUUGUCGCUUCUGUAAAUUGAUAUUCUGGUACUUUUCUUUUAUUGAACUUUGACAGAUAGUCAGUUUGAAUUCAACAUGGGCAGAGGAAGAGAAAAGAGCGUCUCUCCAUCGUCUCGAAGAAGACAACGCUCGAGGUCAAGAGAAAAAGUUCGCGAUAGAUCUCGUUCACGAGAUCGCAGUCGACGUGAUCGAGAUAGAGAACGUGGAAAGGUGGACAAGGAACGUGAAAGAGACAAAGAAAGGUCUAGGGAUAGAGACAGAGACCGUGAAAAGCCAAGCAAAUCAAGCCGUGAGCAUGAAAGAGACAGAGACCGAAGGAGAAGAUCUGCAAGCAAGGAAAGAAGAACCAAAAAAUCAAAGACAAGAAGCAGAUCAAGAUCCAGAGAGAAGCCUGCCAAAUUAGUCACCAGAAAACCAGUAACGUCAGAAGAAUUCAUUGAUCCAACUGAAGAAGAAGCUGAAAUGAUGAAGUUGAUGGGCUUUGGUACUUUUGAUACAACUAAAGGAAAACAUGUCCAAGGAAAUGAAGAGCCAAUGCACGGAACAGUUCAAGUUGUCCUCAAGCGAAAAUACCGACAGUAUAUGAAUAGGAAAGGAGGUUUUAAUCGACCAUUGGAUCCGAUCGCUUAACUUGAAAAUGAAAUACACUUCUUUGUAAUAAUG